AUGUCCUUUAGAGAUUCGACUGUCGUAAUCAUCGACACUGGAAGGUCCACCAUUAAGGCUGGCCAAGGAAUUCACGAGCUCCUACGAACACCAACGGUGGAUAUCCCCGCACGGGUGGCGCGUCGUAAAAACGCAGUUGCUCCCAAGGAAGAAAACUCGGCGGAAGGAGAAGCACCGAAACCGUUAAGACCAUCAAGUUAUUUAGUUGGCCCUCAGAUAGACGAAGCUCUCGCAAAUGGGGAGGAACUCGACAUCUUUUGGCCCUUUGAAGGGGGUGAUAAAGCCGGUGCCGUUUCAGACCGGACCCAAGCAGAAGCGCUUUGGAAAUACGUUCUCUUCACCGGUCUAAAAAUUCGAAGAACGCAAAACGAAUCGCCCGUCCUACUUGGUGUUCCUUCAACCGUUGGGCGUGAUGGUUACGCGAAAAUAGCACAAAUAUUCUUCGAACGCUUCAAUGUGGCUGGCUUGUCUGUUGUUGAGCGACCUCUGCUUCAGCUUUACGCUGCCAAUGCUGUCUCUGGGAUUGUUGUGGACAUUCAUAAUGAAUGCACAGAUAUCACCGUAAUCCACGAAUCAGCUAUACAGACUCAAGCUUCUGUAAUUGCACCCCUUGGCGUACGGCAUUGCGAAGAAUACUUAGCUCAUCUGCUGGCUACGAACCAGACCCUAGUGACCUCUCUGGAGCCCCAGCCAGAUAUUCAUGCUACUCUUGUCCGCCUUGCCCGACAUUUAUGGCAAGGAGGGCACAUCAAAGUUCCACUUGCUGGCGAUGUCGCCCCUCCAGAGGAAGAGGAUGAAGGAAUAACCAAUAUUGCCGCAGUUGUGGUGGCUGGUCGUGAAAAAGCGGUUGUCGAGGCUAACAAUCGAAAAAAGAACACCAAAAACAGCACCGCAGCGGAGAGGGCACGGGAGGCGGAGAUCGCAGCUUUGGACCUUUUGACCAUCGAAUUCGAAGAUAAACAGGUCACAGUCGGGAAAGAUCGCCAUCGUUUCUGCGAGCCGCUUUUUGACCCCACUGUAUUGAAGAAUGUCAAGAGCGUACAGGAGGAUCUGAAGAAUCCGAAAUCUGUUUUUGGCUUGCAAGAAUGGGUCAACUAUUCGGCUUCUCUAGUUGAAUUCGUUUGGAGGUAUGCCGUGUAUGAGGCGGUUUUCGUUACCGGUGAACUUUCUGUCCUAGACAAGUCACUGGCUCAGGGCCUUCACUCACGACUUUUGCCGUACGUAUUAAAGGCGGAAGAGGCUGCGAACGAUUCCCAACCUAAGCUCGUACGUUCUGUUCGAGUCCCCGAAUACUUUGCAGAGUAUCGAGAAAAGGGUGAUGGUCUCGCCGCUUUUCUUGGGGGAAGCAUAGUAGCAAAGUUGACGUUCUGCGAUUCAUCGGCUCGCAAUUAUGUUUCCAAAAACGAUUAUUCUUCUCGAGGACCGGCUGCUUUGUUGGAGUACAUGGUUUAG